UCUGCGCAGGCAGGCAGGCAGGCAGCUUCUGGCUGGCUCCCCCAAACACAUUUGUGUUGGGGGCUUUCUUUUUUUCAUCCUUCCAUCAUCUGGGCCCACCGAAUGGGAUGUUGAGCUGAGAGCAGAGUUGCUGCUACACUCAGAAGUCAUCACUUUGUCCUUAGCCAGCCCAAGAUGGAAGCCCCUCUGGUAAACCUGGAUGAAGAGUUUGAGGACCUAAGGCCGUGCUACAUUGAUGACAGGGAUGAGAAAUCCCGCUAUUUUUAUGGAUCUUCCCCUUUGCAUUUGGAAGACCCCUCCCUUUCUGAGCUUGAGAACUUCUCUUCUGAAAUCAUCAGCUUCAAAUCCAUGGAAGACUUGGUCAAUGAGUUUGAUGAGAAGCUCAAUGUCUGUUUUCGGAAUUACAAUGCUAAAACUGAGAACCUGGCUCCUGUGAAAAACCACCUCCAGAUACAAGAAGAGGAAGAAAAUCUGCAGGACGAGGAGGUUUGGGAUGCUCUUACAGACAAUUAUAUCCCAUCCAUCACUGAAGACUGGAGGGACCCUAACAUCGAAACGCUAAAUGGCAACGUCUCUGACACAGAGAUCCGUGAGAAGGAGGAGGAAGAGCUUAACGAGAAGAGUGAAAAUGACUCUGGUAUUAAUGAGGAGCCUCUACUCACUGCAGAUCAGGUGAUUGAAGAAAUUGAGGAGAUGAUGCAGAACUCGCCAGACCCUGAAGAGGAAGAAGAGAUUUUGGAGGAAGAUGACGGUGGGGAAACCAGCAGUCAGGCCGAUUCGGUCCUUUUGCAAGAGAUACAGGCUUUGUCACAAACCCUCAACAAUAAUUGGUCCUGUGAAGGCUUGGGGCAUAUGUCUGACUCAGAGCUGUUGGAGAUGCUGGAUCGCGUGGAAGGUGCCAUCCGCGACUACUCCGAAGAACUCGUGCAGCAGCUGGCUCGCCGCGACGAGCUGGAGUUUGAGAAGGAGGUGAAGAACUCCUUCAUCACGGUGCUGAUCGAAGUCCAGAACAAGCAGAAAGAGCACAGAGAGCUGAUGAAAAGGAGGAGGAAAGAGAAAGGGCUAAGCCUGCAGAGCAGCCGGAUAGAAAGGGCAACCCAGAUGCCACUCAAGCGGUUCAGUAUGGAAGGAAUCUCAAAUAUCCUGCAGACCGGUAUCCGGCAGACAUUUGGGAACUCAGCAGCUGAUAAACAGUAUUUGAACACAGUUAUUCCAUACGAGAAGAAAGGUGCGCCUCCUUCAGUUGAAGACUUACAGAUGCUUACAAAUAUUCUUUUUGCAAUGAAGGAAGACAAUGAAAAGGUCCCUACGUUGUUAACUGACUACAUUUUAAAAGUUCUCUGUCCUACCUAAGCUCUGAGGCUCUGAGCGUUGUGGAACCAACAGGAGACAAUGAGGCCAGUGUGUCAUUCCAUCACAGGGACUGCAUGACAUAAAAUGUAAACUUUGAAUUGUGUAUUUAAAGAUGUAUAGCAUUAACCCGGAUUAAACAUGAGCAAAAGUCUUCCCCUUUGCUGUCCGUUUCUAGUUCUAGUAAACAUUUGAAUGCAUGACUGCAAGCAAGUGCUGCUCGUCUCUUUCUCUCUUGCCCACCUCCAUCUUGGAGAGGCAC